AUGUCCGCUCACCAUCUAGCCACGUUUGACAACCUCUCACUGCACGAAGUCGGACGUCAAGCAAGUCGCUCCCCUCACCCCGACGCAGCAUCGACACAAAAGCGCAAACGCCGCGCUUCAUCAUCAUCCUCUUUCUCCUCCUCCUCCGGCGCUCCCGCAAGCAAGCGGCCUACGCUCUCCCAACAGACCAGCACAACCCCAAGUAAUACCCCCUCACAACAACCUCUCGCACCCCCCAGCACUGUGGGACAGAAACGCAAGCGCGACGCCGCAGCUGAAAACUCCGACGAUAACACACCCGCCAACAAGAGGCCCGCCCCCCUGCUCCCAUACAUGCAGGCCGCAUUGGACGCCGACCUCCAGACCGAACACCCUUCACCUCAACCCAUGCCAGGAAGCAAUCAGAGCUACAGCGGCUACAGGCCCCCAGCUGGUGGGAUGUAUGAGGGGUUUUUGGCGCAUUUGACGAACUUGGCUCGGGCGAGGCAGGUGGGUGGCGGUGGGGAUGAGAAUGGCUUUAGGCAUACCUAA